AUGAUACCCACAUCCUCAAUUGCUUUAUCAUCUUUCUCAAAAGCAAAUAAACGAUCACCAUCAUCAUCGACAGCACGACGAACUGGACGGCGGUGCUGUUGUUGCCGACUCUCGCUCUGUCUUGUAAUAACGACCCUUCUUACCGUUGCGUUUUUCAUUUGGGGAUUAUUGUACUUUUCACCCGCCACAUUACCUGAACCUACCGUUCCCGAUAAAUCCACAGAUACCAAUGCUCGGUUUCUCACAUUGAACAUAUUCAUGCGACCACCAGGAGUGAAAAACAACAAGUCAGACUACAAGGAGCAGCGGCUUGACUACAUCAUCAAACACAUCUUGCCGCACUAUGAUGUGAUUACUGUCCAAGAGGCGUUCGCGUUUGCCAACCGACGAGUUGACAGGCUGGCUGUAGCUGCGCGUGAGAUGGGCUUCAAUUACCAAGUUGCGUCUCCACGGCAUUACCCCUGGCAACUGGCAGCUGACGGCGGCUUGCUCUUGCUGUCCCGCUUCCCUAUUGCAAAAUCCGACGUCAUUGAGUUUCCGCGAGGUCUCCAUAGCGACUGGCUAUCUUACAAGGGUGCACUACAUGCUCUGGUGGAAUUGAACCCACGCCGGUCCGUGCACGUCUAUACCACCCACACACAGGCUUCCUAUGACAGCCAAGGUCAGCUAAACGAUGAUGAUACCAACAUGCGCUUGAGCCAGUUCGCAUACGUGCACAAGUUUAUCUCGGAAACGGCCAGGGAUGACGGUUCGCCUGUCCUCAUUAUGGGCGACUUGAAUGUCGACGCAUCCAAGCAUGACCAAGAAAAGGUCGCGCAUGCAGUGCAUAGCUCAGAUGCAUAUAUCAAGAUGGUCAGCAUUCUGAACGGCACAGGUUUACCCAAUGGCGACUAUGAGGAUUCCUGGCACAUUGAUACCAUGAAGGAUGCCGUAUACGAGCAGUUUGGAUACCAUCCUGUCACCUUUGGCAAUGUAAUUGCGGAUAAGGAUGGCGGAAGUGAUAUAAAGCCUGCAGAGACAGUGUUGACGCAUUGGGAUCAAGUGACGACGGUGCAGAGUCUCGAUCGGAUUUUUUGGGCGGACCGGUUUUCGGAUACGUUGGCAUUGAAUAAUAUCACGAUUGAAAAGUUCCUUGUUGCUGAUAACAAGGAUCUGGCCGAGGAGGAGAAGAAGGACAUUGAAUUUACGCAGAUAUCCGAUCAUUAUGGCCUGAGUUGCCUUAUCGAAUUAAUCUAG